AUGAAGCCUGCUAAGCUGGGAUUUCUUCUAGGGCUCUUCAUCAUCUCCAGGCUGAUUGUCCCAUUAAUGGGUGGUAUUGGAAAACUUAGGAGGAUAUGCGAAAAGUUCAAAGAUCCCUGCAAAAUGGAUGUGAAUCCUGGCAGCUGCUUUGAAAUUCACUUUCGAUAUUUCUACAACAAAACCAGCAAGAGAUGUGAAACUUUUCACUACUCUGGCUGUGAUGGCAACCUUAACAACUACAAGCUCAAAAUAGAAUGUGAAGUAGCCUGUGUUGAAGAAUACAAAAUAAAGUAAGGAAUCCAAUCCUGUUCUGGGCCCUUGGGAGUUGGAAAAAGAGAGGUCCUGAGAUCCCAGGAUAGAAAUAGAUUAGGGGCUGUCCCUGGUU